ACGGCCAAGCAGUUGCCAACACUGAACUCGUCGGCAGAAUCGUGGGCAAUUUUAUGAAAGAACUGCAAGACAAGUACACUGGCACCUACGCUGACAUAGCACAAAUGCACUGCAUUGUUUGGGAGCUCAAAUUUGCGGACAUGUGGGGCAGUGGGUUCAGAGAACGUUUGAACCCGUAUAAUCUCCAUCAAUUUUCAGCUUUAGAUGCAGCAGACCCGCUUUUCGCGGACAAAUUAAUCGGCAAUUACAAAACUGAUGUCAAG